GGGUGCGCGUGCGCAGUGCGUCACCAGCACGCUACGCUCCCGCCUCGCCGCUGUUGAUCUCCCGCUCCGGCUCCUGCUGCCUCCCGCGUGUUCCUGCUGCCUUCUACUGGCCUCACUCCUCUCCUGCUGCCCUCUACUGGCUGUCUCCUGCUCCCCUCUACUGGUGUGCCUCGUGCUCCUGCCCUCUACACCAGGUGUGUCCUGCACCUCACCACGCAGGAGUGUUGAGGAUGAGCGAGUCACCAAGACGUAGUGUCAACAAUGGCUCUUCACCAGUACGUGAACGCUCCAGAGAUCCUUCUUUUUCCCGGUCACGAUCGAGAUCGAGAUCAAGAUCAGGGGAACGCCGCGAGAGUUACAAACACUCAUCUCGUAGGUCUGGUUCACCGAGGUAUCGCGAGGACCGGUACCGCGAUGACAAGUAUUCCUCUUCUCGACGUCGCUACUCUCGUUCUCCAUCUUAUUCCAGAAAUCGACGGAACAACAGGUCACGUUCAAGGUCACCUAUGUCAAAUCGGAGGCGGCACCAUGGGAACCGAGAGGACCCCAGCCCUAGUAACUGCCUUGGCAUCUUUGGGCUGAGCCUCUACACCACAGAGAGACAGCUUCAGCAUCUCUUUGGCAAGUAUGGAGCGCUUAGCAAAGUCCAAGUCGUUCUUGAUGCAAAGACUGGCCGAUCCAGGGGAUUUGCAUUUAUCUAUUUUGAGCAUGUUGAAGAUGCUACAGAGGCAAAGGAACAAUGCACUGGGAUGGAAAUUGAUGGUCGACGUAUCCGAGUAGAUUAUUCUAUCACGGAGCGAGCGCACACACCAACCCCAGGGAUUUAUAUGGGCAGACCCACAUAUUCUGGUUAUGGAAGACGUGGAGGUGGUGGUGGUGGUGGAGGCGGCGGCGGUGGCGGUGGUGGUGGUGGUGGCGGCGGUGGCGGCAGAUACACUGGUGGGUAUGGUAGUCGAAGGCGCUCGCAAUCUCCCUAUCACAGAGGCCCUCAACCACGACGGUCAUAUCGAUCACGAUCACGAUCAUAUUCUCCACUGGUGGGCCGAUCUCAAGCUGUUCACCAUGGCAACAGCAACCAAGCACGAUCUCAUCCUAGUUCAUCCACCAAUCACAUUCAAGGCAGAGAGACAACACGAUCUGGUCUUGGCCUGAAGCGGUCCAUUGUCCGUUAAAAUCAUGCUUGAAGAAUGGAGUAUUGGUGAAUAUUGGAAGAUAAAGAAAUCUUAAUGAAUAAGAAGAGUAGAAGCACUGGCCGGGGGUCUUUGGGGAGCGUUGGAGAAGAACUUUUGGCGAAGAGAGAACAGGCUGGCAAUAUUCUUCACUCUUUUAAAGUCAACCAAGAAAUGGAUUGGUUACAAGCUAGAAUUGAAAGAUUCAUGAAGCAUGUGAAGAUCUCAAACGUUAAGAAUUUUCUGAAGCUCGAAGGGGCAGUUGGCGAAGCUUACCAAGAAUUCACUCUUGAUUUGAAGAAGGAGAUAAGGUGGGGAAAGGGUAGCGGACAAGAUAAAAAGGGAAGUAAACUUGAAGCACAAUCAAAAUCUGGGUCAAGACGAAGGAAGGCAAGAAUUUGCUUCAGAUGCACAGGGCUUAGUGUGUACUCGCAUCGUCCUUGACACCCGUCUUGCUCAUCCUCACGGGCGAGUGUCAAUACUGCCACUGAGGUAAUCAUUCAUCUCCAUUAUGUUGGACAACCUUAAAUGACACCUGAAUUUUUGUUUUCAAUAUAUUUUUAAUUUUUAUUCCUCAAAGAAUAUUGAUAAAAACAAGCAAAGGUUUGUCACAUUGAGCUUAAUUAGUAAAUUCAUGAUAAAACACGCUCAUAAGAUUUAAAAAAUGUUAAGUUAGAUAUUGCAAUUGAUUUGGUCAAUAAGUGGGCGGGCCUUAGUUCGAAAUGCUGGAGAAGGAAAAAUUACGGCUUCUAUUUUGAGAUCACAGUCUUCAUGAACGUUUUAUAAAGUACAGUACAAUCAUUCACAUUUAAACGAGCAUUUAGUGGAAGUCUUCUCUUUGUGGCGUUUAUUUUAAUUAACACAAAAAUCUUAUUCCAUUAAAACUCAUAAUAAUGAUUCUUCCAAAUAAGGAAGCCAUUUUGGAAAGAAACUAAGGAUUGAUGCUUGAAAUUCCAGCAAAGAAAGUUGGUACUGAAGUUUAGAGUGAUGAUAAAACAGGUCAUGUACCUUUGAAGAUGAUCCCAGGUGAACCAUACUUGGUUCUAUAUUAUCAUUGUGUAUCACAAACAAAAUUACGAUUUUAUUUUGCUGACUUUAUUUUAAAGUCUGUAAACUCAGAAAUGAAUUAAACUGAAAUGAAAGUGGAAUAUUGCAGCCAGAUGAACAAAACAUUUUUUAUUGCUAAUUUAUCUUUUUUUUCCAGAUAAUUUAUCUUCAUGUUCUGAAGAGGAAAUUAAUUCAGAAGAUUUUUUUUACUGUAUUGAAUGUAGUGCUUCACGUCGCAAGUGGUAUAAAAAGGUAGCUUGAUUUGCGGGAUUUGUUAGUCUAAAGCCACGAAUAACAAAUUAAGAUUAUUUUUGUAA